UCAAUGGCACCACACAUUUCACCACAUUGGGUAAUAAUUAAGUCGAGUUUCCUGAGCUGAAUCCUGUUUUUAACUCCAAUUUGCUGGUUUUGGUAUUGUACCUAGAACUGCAAACUGAACUGAAUAGCUGAUAGUGACAAAGAAUCAUGAGAUCUGUCUCCAUCCAGAAGCUUGCCCAAUUACAGAGUGAUGUUGACAAGAUCAGAAACAUUUGUAUCCUAGCACACGUUGAUCAUGGUAAGACUACCUUGGCGGAUGCUCUCAUCUCCAGUAAUGGGAUCAUCUCCACCCGUAUGGCCGGCAAGCUGAGGUACAUGGACAGCCGCGAAGAUGAACAGCUGCGAGGCAUCACCAUGAAAUCCAGUGCCAUCUCCCUUCUCUAUAGCACUAGUCCAGAAGAGGAGUAUCUGGUGAAUCUGAUUGACUCCCCGGGGCAUGUGGAUUUUUCCAGUGAAGUUUCUACCGCUGUCAGGCUGUGCGAGGGAGCCCUAGUAGUCGUCGAUGUCGUAGAAGGAGUCUGCCCACAGACUCAUGUCGUCUUAAGGCAGGCCUGGCUGGAGCACAUCAAACCGUGCCUGGUGCUGAACAAGAUAGAUCGGUUGAUCAGUGAGCUCAAGUACACACCCAUGGAAGCACAUCUUCAUCUUCAGCAGGUCCUGGAGCAAGUCAAUGCUGUCGUAGGAAACCUGUACGCUUCACAUGUCCUAGAGAAGGCUUCAAGUAAAAGUGAAGACCCCAUUCAGACUAAAGAAAAAGUGAGUGUUGGAGAGAGCAAGGAUGGAGAAGAGCAGGUGUAUGAUUGGAGCGAUGGUUUGGAGGACACCGACGACUCUCAUAUAUACUUUUCGCCGGAUCAAGGAAAUGUGAUCUUUGCAAGUGCAUUGGACGGAUGGGGUUUCAGUAUUAACCACUUUGCUGAAAUGUAUGCCAGCAAACUCGGUGUGAGGGCAGAUGUUCUACGCAAGACUCUCUGGGGAGAUUUUUACCUCCACACUAAAUCAAAGAGGAUCAUGAAAGGAGCUCAGGCUAAAGCCAAGAAGCCUCUAUUUGUGCAGUUUGUAUUGGAGAACAUAUGGUCGCUUUAUAACACAGUAAUAGUCAGGAAAGAUAAAGAGAAGAUGGAGAAGAUUGUCAAAUCUCUUGGAUUGAAGCUUGCUCCCCGCGACCUUCGACACAACGAUACCAGGAUCUGUCUACAGGCGAUCUGCACGCAAUGGCUGCCAGUGUCAAAGGCUGUUCUGUCCAUGGUAUGUAGUAAGCUGCCUAGUCCCACUAAUGUAAAUGAAGAGAGAAUAGAGAAACUCAUGUGCAGCAGUGGGCAGAGGUUUGACUCGCUUCAUCCAGAAUCUCAACAACUCAAACAAGCUUUCCAGAUGUCUACCUCUGACUCGGAUGCCCCAGUCAUUGUUUAUAUCUCCAAAAUGGUAGCUGUUGAUCAUAGUAUGCUACCACAAAACAGACAAAGACCGUUGACUUGUGCUGAGAUACAACAGAGGAGAGAGGAAGCAAGAAAGAGGCAUGCUGAGAGAAGAGCUGCAGCAGAGCAGGACAAAGGAGGGGUUGGAGGAGGAGGAGACAUGUUGACUUCUCAGGAAGAAACAUCAUCAACAGACAUGGUAGAAUCAACAGACUUGACAGUGGAACCAGAAGCCGAGGAGGAAAAGAAGUCUGGAGAGACGUUCCUUGCAUUUGGGCGGGUCUUCAGUGGGACCAUUCAUAAAGGACAGAAACUCUUUGUUCUUGGACCGAGGCAUGAUCCUCAAAAGGCGUUGGCUGAGACAUCAGAACAUGGAUGCUGUUUAUCACCAGACAUGGAGUGCAGUCGAUACAUAGCAGAGUUUACAGUUGAUAGUCUAUAUCUUUUGAUGGGUAGAGAAUUAGAACUCCUUGAGAAAGUUCCUGCUGGAAACAUAUUGGGUAUUGGUGGCCUUGAUGAGAUAGUGCUGAAGUCAGCGACCAUUUCGAGCAGCCUUGCCUGUCCGGCAUUCACAGACAUGACCUUUGCAGCUCCACCCAUAGUCAGAGUAGCAGUGGAACCCAAACACUUAUCUGAUAUGCAGGCAUUGAUGAAAGGCAUGAAGCUGUUAAACCAGGCUGAUCCGUGCGUGGAGGUGUAUGUACAGGAGACGGGGGAACAUGUCAUAGUGGCCGCCGGGGAAGUCCAUCUAGAGAGAUGCUUGGAUGACCUCAGGAAGAGGUUUGCCAAAGUAGAGAUUGAUGUUUCCCCUCCAAUCAUUCCAUUCCGUGAGACCAUCAUCCCGCGUCCCAAGAUUGACAUGGUGAACGAGGUUAUAGACGACAUCAACCAGGUACAUAGAGAGGUGCGUUCUAUGAACAUCGAUGAUGAUGACCUCAGGAUAUUGAAGAAUGGUCUGGUGGAGAUCAAGACCUCCAAUGAUGCAUGCACCUUUCGCAUCAGGGCAGUCCCUCUUCCAGAAGCGGUGACAAGUUUACUUGAGGAGAGCACGGAGUUGAUCAGGUUACUGGACCAUUAUGUUUCAUCGGUUUUAUCAGGGAAGGCGAAUGAUCAAGCAGGAAGCAUAGGUCUGUCUCCCACAGUGAUAGCUAGUUUGCAGGAUCUCAGAUCCAAACUGGAGGAAGCUUUCGAUGCAGCUGGGAAGAAGUGGAGGGGGUGCCUGGAUGGGAUAUGGGCGUUUGGACCACGCCGAUGCGGUCCGAACAUUCUGGUGAACAAGAUCGAAGACUACAGGAGGCUGUCCAUGUGGGACUGCUUGGAAGAGGGUGGCACUCAGGAGGAAGGUGUCCUGAGGGAGUUUGAUAACAGCGUUGUGAGCGGUUUCCAGCUGGCGACCCUUGCGGGGCCGAUCUGUGAGGAACCUAUGAUGGGAGUGUGCUUUGUUAUAGAGAAGUGGGAAAUGGACAAGACCUUGAUGAGCAAAGGUCUCGCAGACAACACUAAUCUUCGGACUAAAAAAAAAUCUGACCUCAGUGUAGUGUCCUUAGAACAAAGUGUGUGUGACGCCACAGAGAAUGACAGAAUAACAGAAUCUCAUUUAGAUGACAGCAACAUGACGCAGUGCAAUAUUAGUAGUAAAGUGACCUCCCAGCCUAGAACUAUAUCCAUACCCCAAGGGACUUCUACAGAAAAUAUGAACAACCCCCAAGAGCCAAAGAUCGGAUCCUUGACAAUCCACUCCCCCCUCUCAUCGCCGAUCCUCUCAUCUCCACCUCUAGGCUCUCCACCCCUAUUUGGCUCCCCCUUACCGCAUAGCCCCACCCGGGGUUUGCACCCCUACCACCAGCCGCAACAACAGGUGGUAUAUGGCCCCCUCUCGGGGCAGGUGAUCUCUACCAUCAAGGAAGGGUGUCGCGUAGCCUUCCAGACGCAGCCCCAGAGACUGAUGGCAGCCAUGUACAAGUGUGACAUCCAAGCCACAGCCGAGGUGCUAGGUCGGAUGUACGGUGUGUUGUCCAAGCGAAAUGGUCGCAUCCUGCAGGAGGAGAUGAGAGAGGGUUCUGAUGUCUUUGAGAUUGUGGCAGUGCUUCCCGUUGCUGAGAGCUUUGGCUUUGCAGAGGAUAUUCGGAAGAAGACCAGCGGUCUAGCAAGUCCACAACUUUUCUUCAGCCAUUGGGAGGUGGUACCGAGUGAUCCAUACUGGGAGCCAUCCACAGAGGAAGAGCUCCUUCACUUCGGAGAGAAAGCCGACUACGAGAACCAGGCCAAGAAGUACAUGAACGGCGUUCGCAGACGAAAGGGGCUGCGCGUGGAAGAGAAGAUCGUCGAACAUGCCGAAAAACAGCGAACACUGAGCAAGAAUAAAUGAUGGGAUUUCAUGUUUUCUGUUGGUGGCUGGAAAGAAAAUGGUGUUUUAUACGACUAUGUGAGUCAUUUG